AUAUGACCUUAACUGUUGCAAUCUCGUAAUAUCGUAAUUUCUGCUUCAAGUGACAUUUUAAAAAACCAACUAUCGGUAUUAAUUUGUUAUGUUUUUAUUCGCACGCGAGUGUUGAAAGCUGUACGAAAUUCUCUUUAUUAGCCGCCUUGGACCAAAAUACCCAAAAAAAUGGAAAUAAAAACUCUCCACUCAUUAGACACUGAAUAUUCAGCCGAUUCUAUUGAAUGGUGUCCACAUGAAAACUUUCUUACGUAUUUCGUUUGCGGAACAUAUCAGCUCGAAGGCAACACUUCAGAAUCAUCUUCGCCCCCAUGCCGACGAAAAGGCCGAAUUUAUCUUUUCCAAUUCAAAGCAAAAACAAAUGAAUUUAUUGAAUUGCAUCGCUUAGAAACAGCAGCAAUACUUGACAUGAAAUGGUUACAACAAGAGAACUUGGAAUUUCCUAUUCUCGCUGCUGCAAACGCACUUGGUCAAAUUGAAGUGUUCACUUUGGAGAAUAACCAGCUGAUACGAAAGUCAACUUUUGAUUUGAAUACGGAAUUUCAUAAUUUGUUGGCUUUGUCUUUGGAUUGGAAUUGGGCUCCUUCAUCGCUACCAGUUGAUGGUAGAAGAAUUUUAUCCUCCGAUUCUAAAGGUGACAUCACAUUAUUACAAUAUAACGGAGAUAAUUUGAAAAAAAUUAACAACUGGUCAGCACAUAGUUUUGAGGCAUGGAUAUGUGCUUUUGACAAAUGGGACUGCAAUCGUGUUUUCACCGGAGGUGAUGACACAUUUUUACAUGCCUUCGAUAUUAGAGGUCCCAAUAAAAUAUUAACCAACAAGUCACACAUUGCCGGUGUCACAUGUCUACUGAGUCAUCCGAAGCAGGAACACAUCCUUUUAACUGGAAGUUACGAUGAACGCUUGAGAAUCUUUGACACGCGAUCCAUGAAGCAACCAGUGUCCGAUAUAAACCUCAAUGGAGGCAUUUGGAGACUGAAGCCUGAUCCAUAUGAUAAAAAUCUUAUUUUGGCCGCUUGUAUGUACAAAAAUUUCAGUAUUGUUGAAUUAUUGGAUGGAAGAAGUGAUAUGAAAUUGAUUGCCGAGUAUAAUGAGCAUGAAAGCAUAUGCUAUGGUGCGGAUUGGUGUUUGGAUACCAGCAAAGAAAACAAGGGUGAAUUGUAUAUGGCAACUUGCUCGUUUUAUGAUCACAAAUUAUGCUUAUCGAAAAUUGUGGAGAAUAAAUAGACUGUAUUUUAUCUUGGAAAAACAUUUUUUAUUUUGUUUUCAUUUUAUAGAUCGAACAUUUUUAUAAAUAUUGUGGUUGUGUUUCAUAAUAGAAAUAUGUAUGUGUUUAUUCUUUUUUUUAAAUAUAUGUAUUUUUUAUAAUGGUUAACAUCAAA